AUGUGCCAUAUCUGUAGCAAGAGUAUAUGGGAUGGAAGAUCUUUUGAAAAUAACCUAAGUGGGCGGGCUCACUCCAUCAUGAUGCAGAAGACAGUUGAGAGCUAUGCCUUGACUGCAGGUACUAUGAGGCAGGAGUUUAAGAUUCGCGACAUGAAACGCAUCCGUAAAUCAGGACAGCACCCGACGCGCGACUUCUACUGUGCGUUGUGUGAUAUAUAUGCAGCAGAUGAAUCUGGUCAUUGCACCACCGUCAGCCACUGCAAGCUGAAGAAAUAUCUACACCCCACUUGCACUGCCUGUCAUAAGGAAAUGCCUACUAGAUUGAGCUGGAUGAGCACCGUUUGA